AUGGAUCAUUGUAAGGAUGUCUUAACACCACUAUGUCCUACUUCCAAACUCUCACUAGAGUGCAUCACUGAAGCUAUUCCUUCAACACUUCAGAGGUCAAUCAUUGGUAGUUUGCUGUAUCUUACUGCUUCAAGGCCUGAUAUAAUGAAUUCAGUGGGUUUAGUGGCCAGAUUUCAAAGUAAUCCAAUGGUUUCUCGUCUUCAAGCUGCCAAAAGAAUCCUCAGAUAUGUCAAGGGCACCAUCUCAUAUGGUCUAUUCUACAUUUACUCAUCCUCAAUGUCUAUUGCAGCCUUAUCCGAUACUGAUUGGGGUGGAUCUUUACCUGACAGAAAAAGUACCUCUGGUUGUUGCUACACUCUGGGUUCAAAUGUGGUCUCGUAG